GUCAAUUUGAGGGCCUGAGGCAGAGGGUGGCGGCCCAGCGUACAGCGAGUCCGCGGAGUCUGGGAAGUGGUGCCUAGGGCGCGCGGGGCCGGCGGCGAGCGGAGCCGGCCGGAGCGGGCCGGGCAGCGGCCGCCGCCGUCCCGGGGCGCGCAGGCGGCUCCAGCAGGAGGAUGGAGCUGAAUUCCCUGCUGAUUCUGCUGGAGGCGGCUGAGUACCUAGAGCGCAGGGACCGAGAGGCCGAGCACGGCUACGCCUCGGUGCUACCCUUCGACGGCGACUUCUCCAGGAAGAAAACAAAGGCGGCCGGCCUGGUGCGCAAGGCCCCAAACACCAGGUCUUCACACAAUGAGCUAGAAAAGCACAGACGAGCCAAACUCAGGCUCUACCUGGAGCAGCUCAAGCAGCUGGUGCCCCUGGGCCCUGACAGCACCCGCCAUACCACGCUGAGUCUCCUGAAGCGUGCCAAGGUGCACAUCAAGAAACUGGAGGAGCAGGACCGCCGAGCACUGAGCAUCAAGGAGCAGCUGCAGCGGGAGCAUCGCUUCCUGAAGCGGCGCCUGGAGCAGCUGUCGGUGCAGAGCAUGGAGCGCGUGCGCACAGAUAGCACGGGCUCUGCUGUCUCCACGGAUGACUCUGAGCAAGAAGUGGACAUAGAGGGCAUGGAGUUUGGCCCCGGUGAGCUGGACAGUAUUGGCAGCAGCAGUGAUGUGGACGACCACUACAGCCUGCAGAGUGGUGGCGGCAGCGACGGUGGCUACAGGCCCCACUGCCGGCGGCCUGCCCACCCAGGCCUCUCGUAGGCCCCAUGCCCUCUGCUCCUGGCCCACCCGCCUGCCUAGCCAAGCGUGUCGGCCCUCCAGGCCUCCCUUGACUGACGUCAGCCUCACCACAGGCCUACUGCUGCACCAUUCUGGAAGCUCCAGCUGCUGCCUGGGCUGCCGCCUCUGCCCGUUCGCCAGUCAGGGCCUGCUGAGCCGCCCGCCCCUCCUAACUGGGCAGGGCCCCCUGCAGAGAGGCAGGGCCCAGUUCCUGUGUCCUGGAGCCCAGCGUAGCCACCCACGGUCUAUUCUCAGAUUCCUAAGCAUUCCAGAAGUAUUAAAUGUCAUUGCUGCAAACCUCGGC